AGCUCGCUGCCCGUGUUAUCUCUGCUAGAUAGCUAGCUUCAGCGCUGUCACGACAGACGUGUGCUCGCUGCUGCUCACCAGUAACGGGCACUCGUCUUUUUUAACGAUAAUUUACGUGCAUCAUACGGAGGAAUAAGACAUUAUGUGUUUGUUUUUUCAGCUGCCGGCUCAACGCAACACCAAGUCCCGGAGCUGAUUCCCAGCUCUUGUUAUGGCCACCUCAGGCUACGUAGGUGAGAUCCAGCCAGCAGCCCAACCCCAGGGGGCUGGUGUUACCGUCACACCGGGGCAACCUGAUGCCAGCUCAACACCUCCAACCGCCACUCAGUUUCUAGCUGAGAUUCAGACUACUGUGGCCACUCCCACUGUUGUCACACCCACAGGGCAAACUACUCCUACUGAUCAAGCCACCUCCAUCACCACUCAGAAGCCUGCAGCUGGUAGUCAAGCCCAGUCCACAGCACAGGCACCGCCAGCUCAGACACAAUAUGUGACUGCAGAGAUCCAGGGCUCUCCCACACAGUCUGGAAAUGCUCAAAGCACUCCUCAGUACAUCGUUGUCACAGUCACAGAGGGCUCCCUUCACUCAAGUGACAGUGUGUCAGACUCCAGCCCCCCUCCAGCUGUGGUGCAGACAGGGGUUCCCACACAGGUUGUUCAGCAGGUACAGGCGGCUCAGCAGCAGAGGUCCGUGGUGCAGGCCACCUCUCAGAUAGCCAAGACUGAGCCAGGCACCCAGCUCAGUGUCACCAGUCUACAGCCUGUUCAUAUCAGCCCGGAGCUCUUCCCUAGCACCGAGGUGACAGCGUUAGUCAGGGAUAACAAUCUAGAAGAAUGGCAGCUGCAUCAUGAGAUAAGAAAGCCAGAGUGCCCGGCCUGGGCAUCAGCAGGCCACAUACAAGAAUGUUGCGGCAAUCCCCUCUACCUUCCCUUGGACCUCCUUCAGUAUUACCAAUCACUGUACUUGCUCUCUGUACAUGCGGACAAAGAGAUAGGAGACCAACCUCAUCAGCCACCACUGCAGGCUACAACUGACAUUUUCCAAGUCCAGCAGCAGCUCACACCAGUGCCAGUGCAACAUGUGUACACCAAUCAAGUGCAGUAUGUGGAAGGAGGAGACAACAACUACACCACCAGCACCAUUCGUUCCAGCGCCUUCCCUUACACUGACACACCCCUGUACACCCAGACCACUGCUGCCCAGUAUUAUGAAGGUCAGCCAACCUCAGGCUCACAGGCCUCCACCCCUGGUACGCCUCUAACUGUCUCUGUGACUGCUGGCACAACAGGGGGUGUGUCCAUGUUUGUGGCCCAGCCCACCAGUGCAGCAGGGGGAGGGGCCACUGUGGUGACCACUGGUGGCACCACCAAUGGGGCAGGGGAAGGGGCAGGCACCAACGGUGGCGCAGCAGGCAGCUAUGUGAUCCAGGGGGGUUACAUGCUGGGCAGCAGCAGUGGAGGGACAGCUGGCAACAGUCAGAACUACUCACACACCGCCCGCGCUUCCCCAGCCACUGUGAGUAUUACAGAGGGCGAGGAGAGUAGCGUGCCGUCGGCAGACAAGAAGGUACAGUGGUUGCUGGACAACUAUGAGACAGCUGAAGGAGUGAGUCUGCCACGUUCCACCCUCUACUGCCACUAUCUGCUGCACUGCCAGGAGCAGAAACUAGAGCCUGUUAAUGCUGCCUCCUUCGGGAAACUCAUUAGAUCUGUGUUCAUGGGGCUACGCACACGACGCCUUGGCACACGGGGUAAUUCUAAAUACCACUACUACGGGCUGAGGAUCAAGGCAGGCUCUUCUCUUCUCCGCCUGAUGGAAGACCAGCAACAUCUGGCCAUGAGGCAGCAGCCCUUCUCACAGAAACAGAGGUUGAAGCCUGUGCAUAAAGUAGAGGGAAUGACCAAUGGCACAGCAUCAGGAGCAGGCCAGCAGCAGCAGCAGCAGGGGUCAGGGCAGGUGGACAUCAGCACCCAGGUUCAGCAGUACCAGCAGUUCCUAGAUGCAUCCAGAGCUCUUCCAGAGUUCCCAGACAUCGACCUCCAGGGGAAGUCUCUGCCAGAGGGCAUUGAGCUGGAGCACAUAAAGAGCUUUCAGCUGCUGUACAGAGAACACUGUGAGGCCAUACUAGAUGUGAUGGUCAACCUGCAGUUUACCCUGGUUGAAACUCUGUGGAAGACCUUCUGGAGGUUCAGCCAGAGUCAGGCCGGAGAUGCCACGCUAGCUGUCCAUGAUGAGUCAGAGAAGCGUCUCCCUAAGUCCUGCCUGGUGUUGCUGUGCAAGUAUGAGCCAGUGCUGCGCUGGAGUCGUGACUGUGACAACAGCCUGUACCAGGGCCUGGUGGAGAUCCUCAUCCCUGAUGUCCUAAGGCCCAUCCCCAGUGCCUUAACUCAAGCCAUCCGCAAUUUUGCCAAAAGCCUGGAGAGCUGGCUGACCAAUGCCAUGAUGAACAUCCCUGAGGAAAUGGUCCGCAUUAAGGUAACAUCAGCCAAUGCAUUUGCCCAGACACUGCGUCGCUAUACCAGUCUGAACCACCUCGCCCAGGCAGCACGCGCUGUCCUCCAGAACACAGCCCAGAUCAAUCAGAUGCUCUCCGACCUCAACCGCGUCGACUUUGCAAACGUCCAGGAGCAGGCUUCGUGGGUGUGCCGGUGUGAAGACCGCGUUGUCCAGCGACUGGAGCAGGACUUCAAGCUGACCCUCCAGCAGCAGAACUCCCUGGAGCAGUGGGCCGCUUGGCUGGAUGGUGUGGUCUCCCAGGUCCUAAAGCCCUACCAGCAAAGCCCUGCCUUCCCUAAGGCUGCCAAGCUCUUCCUGCUCAAGUGGUCCUUUUACAGUUCCAUGGUGAUCAGGGACCUGACCCUGAGGAGUGCAGCCAGUUUUGGUUCCUUUCACCUGAUCCGCCUGCUGUACGAUGAGUACAUGUACUACCUGAUAGAGCACAGAGUGGCCCAGGCUAAAGGAGAGACCCCCAUUGCUGUCAUGGGAGAGUUUGCCAGUUUAGGCCGGGGUCUAAGCCAGCUGGAUCCUGACAAAGAAGAGGAAGAGGAAGAGGAAGAGGAGAGUGAUGAUGAAGGUCAGGAGCUGUCCCUUCCCUCAGACGGAGGUGUGCUAGGGGAGGAGUCUCUGGAGCCUCCUGCCAAGCUGGCCAGAACUGAUCAGAGGGUCCUCUUCACAACCGGAUCAGCUGACAACUAAUCACAGAGUUACUGUACUAGAUGUGGGUUGCUUGUAUUGAUCACACACACACACACACACACACACAGACACACACAGAUGUACAAAGAACACUCAUUUAUACACUUGACACAUGUAUAUAGAUCUUUUACAUGUGUGUGCAAACUCUCACUGCACACUGUAACUGUCCCACUUGAUUCGCACACACAAUCAAAACACACACUCGUUCAGUACUGCUGCUGCCUGGACUGGAUGACACAACUGCCUGUUGGCCCCAUUGGUUUAAUACACGCUCAUUGCUGUUGCAAUAUGAUGUGGCUCCAGAAACCUUCUCAAUGCAAAGAGAAACACAAAGCAUUUUAACCCUCAGUUGUGUUGAUCUGUAAAAAUGAACUAAAGCCAGGCAUGUAUUUAUUUUCUUUCUCUCUCUCUCUCUCUCUCUCUCAUUGCAUUGCAACCUGUAGCCUUGCUGUCUCUUUGCUGGGAAACCUUUGCUCACCCUAGAUGCUCCUAAAAACUGUCACUGCCGUAUUAACGUGGUCUUGAAAAAACUGUGGUGUGUGUGUGGGUAACUUAUACAGAGAAGGGUGCAAAGUGGACCUUCAACAGUCAAUGGCUGCUGCAUUUAGUUACUUAUUCAUUAAAUACUGUUAAAGCCGUGUCUUUCAGAGGGGUAGAGACAUUUGUUAAAGACAGCAGGUACCAGAGUCACACCACUUUUCCAUGUGUGUGUGUGUGUGUGUGUGUGUGUGUGUGUGUGUAUAUAUAUAUAUAUAUAUAUAUAUAUAUAAUUUGGUUGUGUGAUUGAGAGUCAUGCCAAGUGUGGACUGUUUCUUCUGUAGAUAUUUUUCAAGGCAUUCAGGUUUUUAUUUGGGAGACGAGUACAGAUUUCCUGUUUGAUUUUAUUCGCCUGUAAAGAAAAUCUUCUUGUGUUCUUGGAGUGCCUGUCGCAGCUGCUACACACAUACUUGUAAAGAUAAAGCUACAGCUGUGGAAUUGGGGCUCACGUUAGUUGCUGCAAAAAAAAUCCUCUCUCUUUUAUUGAACACCUGUUUCCCACGAGAGAGGUACUAUAUGUGUCAUACUUUUAUGUUCAAAGUGCUUCAUACCUGUCCAUCUAAUAUGUUCCUCUGUGGCCUCAUUUAUCCUGUGACAUUCAUUGAUUUUCUUGCCUUAGUUUAAUAUAUUUUCCUUGUGUGCCAAAAUUGUUUGCUUUUAUCCCGGAACCCAUUGUUUUUAAAUUAUCUUUAAAUGUUUUAAGGAGGACUGUGCCUGAGUAAGAACGGUGAUAUACUUAUAUUCUACUGUAUAUUUAUCCACUAUUUUUAAUUUUGUUGUCACUAAGUGAACCUCUUGUGCAGUGUAUGGUGCUGUGUUGUCACACAUUCUAAGCAACCUUUGUGUGCAUUAUUGAUUUGUGAUUGUACGUUCAGUUAUCAACCCUAUCUCAUUUGAUGACUUUUCCACAAACAGGCCAAGGCCCUGCCGCUUUGCACAUGUUGACUAUUGUCUUGAAGACUCUGAGUUAUCUGAAAUGUUUGUCAUUUUCUUUGAAGUCUUAGGUGUAUUUUUAAUGGUUGAGUGCAGGUGUCAGAUUUCGUGCGAACACCUCGUACCACUCGGUGUGAUUCAGAGAAUUUGGUGAGGUGCGAGAUCUGAUGGCUCUUCCUGCACAGUCCUCCACCGACACUCAUCUCCCUCCACUGUGCUGUCAUCUCACUGCGUUUCCGCCCUCCUGCCAAUGGCUUUGUUUUGCUUCAAACAUCCAUAUUCUUAAACACUGUUCAUCAAGAUUGGUUGUUGUAAACAUAUCAUUUUUUGGAUUUUCAAAUUCAAUGUCUUUAAAAUAGCUGUGAUGUGCAUGUUUUCAACAGGCAUUGGCAGCCUCGAACCAGCACAUAAUCCUUUAUAUGGAGUCUAAUGCUACCACAGCUGAGUACAUAUCACUCCAGUCUUUCAUUGAUCUACAGCAUUGAGAAUGGCCAUUGUUUACCCAGUAAGAAAAAUGUUUAGUCAUUUUUAUAGUGCAUUGUUUCUUAUGUACAAAACAAAAUGAGAAAAAAGAUGUUCAGUGGCAGUGUUUUAUGAAUUUGGUCUGCUGUAAGUAUGACUGUGCCUUUGGAGGUGGUAGAAUGCCAUUCAGAUGUUUUUAAUUUUAAAGAUAUAAAUUAAAGACUUUUUAAAAUUG